UAAAACAGUGCCGUGGGAUGGAGCAGAGGAGACGCUAGGCUGUGGGGAAUCCUCAGGACCCAGGAGGACUUCUGGGUGGACUCUAAGGAGCACAUUAAGUACAAAGAACAACACCGAGAUGAAACUUGUACUUCUGGCUCUUCUGUUUGGGGCCAUAUCAGCUCUUCAUCUGAAGAUUGACAUGUCCAAUUUUGAGAGCUCCUUGGGAGAUGAGACCCUGCCUCAGGAUAAGGAGAUGCCAGAACUUGAGGCAGGGGAUGCCCCCCUGCUGACGGGAGAGGACUGGAGCUCUGGAAGUGAAGGUGCCCCUGAGGAAGAGGGGGCUCUGGAGUCUGUCUCAGCCUUGAAUGAAUUGGACAAGAACCUUCAGUGCCCUAAGGAGGAAGACACAGUGAAACUGGUGGGCAGCCCUGCAUGCAAAACCUGCCGCUUCCUCCUGGUGCGGAGGGCCUUUAGUUUUAAUCAGGCUGAGCUUACUUGCCGGAGGUGCUACCGGGGCAACCUGGUCUCCAUUCACAGCUUCAACUUCAAUUCCCGGAUCCAGUGUGCAGUCAGGGGGCUCAACCAGGGCCAAGUUUGGAUUGGAGGCCUGGUCACAGGCAGGGCAAGAGGGGCUCCAGCACUGAGUGGGGAGCCCCUCCUGACUCCAUCCAGUGCCCAGCUGGCUGCGGAUUUGUCUGUGCUUCCGGGUUCCUGCAAACGUUUUCGGUGGGUUGACGGCAGUUCUUGGAACUUUGCAUACUGGGCACCCGGCCAGCCCUGGGCUCAUGGUGGCAGAUGUGUGUCAUUGUGUACCCGAGGGGGCCAAUGGCGUCGAACUCUCUGCAGCAGGAAUCUCCCCUUUAUCUGUUCCUACUGAGCUGGACACAGCCAGGACUUCAGAGCCGCCGCCUCCCUGGGAAGCUCACUUUCCUCCCCUACUUGCCGCCCUCCCUCCAUCCCAGCAAUAAAACUGCUUUCCUGAAACGGA